AGAUAGGAUGCCGUCUAUAGCAGGGGCAGGGGCAGGGCCAGGAGCAGAGCAGGGUUCGGAGGCAGCAAUCCGAAGAGCAAGCUCUCAAAGGGAACAAAUCUCAACCUGAAGAAGUGCCAUUGCAGCGUGUGGAAUCAUGAAUCAUAGUGGUCCCACCGCCGGCAGUGGCUGCCGCCAAGAUAUCAAAUCGGGAGGUCCCGUAUCUGGGCUCACGCCUCAGCGCUCCGCAUACGGAGAAGACUCGCACACACAACUUGGUGGGUCUUCGUCUCUCCUAGACCGCACUGUUAGCUUGGCAUAUCGACUCGAAGGUCGAGAUAUGGAGGAGGCGCCAGGUAGCGCAGGAGGGGCAAAUGGGAAUCAUCGCAGCAGAGCAACUCGGUCGUGUCAGCCGAGAAUGACAUGCGCGAGCAAGACUCGGAAGAGGAAGUGGAGACAAGGGUCGAGGUCAACUUCUGUUUUAAGGUUCGCUAGAGGCAGAGAGAGGCACUGGCAGAAUUCUAUGUACUCAGGAAGGUGCCGUUGCGUAAGUGAGACCCUCGCAGACAUUCAGACUUCGGAAGUGAGUCGCGUCUAUGAUAGCACGAACUAGGCUUGGUGAGCUUUAUCGGAAACACAACGCGCCCUCCAUCCACAUUCUGGCUGUUCAUAGUCCUUAGUCCUGCUCGCCAGUAGCCUCGCCGUUAUGCAUGAUCAACAUCGCAGGUGGCGCCCCGAGAGCGCCUGCCAAUCCGGCCAUCUCUAUCAGUCUUGCCGUCUUUCGCGGCUUCCCGUGGCGCUUGGUGUAGCGAUGCAUCCUCGCACAGCUCCUCGGUGCUUUUUGCGGUGCGGGGAUGACCUAUGACAUCCACUUGCCUUGUGAAUAUAAUGUUGAGUUAGGACUUAAGGUCGUCAUUGG